GCACCGCUCCGCACCGCUCCGCACCGCACCGCGCCGCUCCGCACCGCUCCCCCCCGGCGCUGCGGCAGCAUGCGGGGCUGCGGCGGGCGCCGCGCCCUCCUGGCCCUGCUGGCCCUGCUCCUGCCCGCCGCCGCCGCCGCCGGCCCCGCCACCGGCCCCGGGCCCGCGGCGGCGGGGGAGAGCCCCGGGAAUUUCAUGGAGGACGAGCAAUGGCUUUCCUCCAUCUCCCAGUACGGCGGCAGGAUCAAGCACUGGAACCGCUUCCGAGACGAGGUGGAGGACGACUACAUCAAGAGCUGGGAGGACAACCAGCCCGGGGAUGAAGCGCUGCCGGGGGGCUCCCCCGGGGGGUCCCCACCUGCCCCCCCCGGCCCCUCUCUGCCCCCCUCCCCAGCCCUGGACACCACCAAGGACCCCUGUCAGAAGGUGAAGUGCAGCCGGCACAAGGUGUGCGUGGCGCAGGGCUACCAGCGCGCCAUGUGCAUCAGCCGCAAGAAGCUGGAGCACAGGAUCAAACCGCUGGGCACCAAGGGGCACGGGGGCUGCAAGCCCUGCCACGCCACCCCGCUCGCCGCCGUCUGCGGCUCCGACGGCCACACUUACAGCUCGGCGUGCAAGCUGGAGCAGCAGGCGUGCCUGGCCAGCAAGCAGCUGACGGUGCGGUGCGAGGGGCAGUGCCCCUGCCCGACCCCGCACGGCCCCGCUGGCGACGGCAAGCAAGAGCUGUGCACCGGGCAGGACCUGGCUGACCUGGGCGACCGCCUGCGCGACUGGUUCCAGCUCCUGCGGGAGAACGCCAAGCAGAACGGCUCCGGCGGCCUCCCCGCCAGCCCCGCCACCGCGCUGGAGAGGAGCGUGGUGGCCAGUUGCAAGGAGGCGGUGGGGUGGAUGUUCGCCCGGCUGGACACGAGCGGGGAUCUUUUCCUGGAGGCGGCCGAGCUGGCCGCCAUCAACCUGGACAAGUACGAGGUGUGCAUCCGCGCCUUCUUCAACUCCUGCGACACCUCCAAGGACGGCCGCGUCUCCGCUCCCGAGUGGUGCUUCUGCUUCUGGAGGGAAAAGCCGCCCUGUCUGCGGGAGCUGGAGAAGAUUCAGAUCCAAGAAGCAGCCAAAAAAAAGCCAGGCACCUUCAUCCCCAGCUGUGAUGAGGACGGGUACUACCGGCGGGCGCAGUGUGAGCCGGGCGGCGGGGAGUGCUGGUGCGUGGACCAGCACGGUGCCGAGGUGACAGGCACCCGCGGCCACGGCAGCCCCAACUGCGAAGAGCCGGCGGGUUUUUCGGGUGACUUCGGGAGCAGCGUGGGCUGGGAGGACGAGGAGGAGAAGGAGCCGGAGGAGGCAGGCGAGGAAGGCGAGGAAGAGGAGGGCGAAGCGGGCGAGGGCGACGACGGCGGCUACAUCUGGUAGAGGAACAGGAGAGCUUGGAGGGCGGCACAGCCGGGAGGCAGCCCCCCCCCGGCUGGGGGUCCCCGUGACCCCCCACCCCGCUGCCGGCGGGGCAUGGGGUGGGUGCAUCCCCCU